AUGUUUCAUGAUGAUAAUGAUGUUGAUGAUGAUGAUGAUGAUGAUGAUGGUGAUGCUGUUGAUGAUGAUGAUGAUGAUGAUGAUGAUGAUGAUGAUGAUGAUGAUGAUGAUGAUGAUGAUGAUGAUGAUGAUGAUGAUGAUGAUGAUGAUAUUGAUCAAGAUGAUGAUCACGAUCAUGUGGAUGAUCAUGAUCAUGAUGAUAAUGAUGAUGAUGACGAUGAUGAUGAUGAUGAUGAUGAUGUUGUUCAUGAUGAUGAUGAUGAUGAAGUUGAUGAUGAUGAUGUUGAUGAUGAUGAUGAUGAUGAUGAUGAUGGUGAUGAUGAUGAUGAUGAUGAUGAUGAUGAUGAUGAUGAUGAUGAUGAUGAUGAUGAUGAUGAUGAUGAUGGUGAUGAUGAUGUUGAUGAUGAUGAUGAUGAUGAUGAUGAUGAUGAUGAUGAUGAUGAUAAUGUUCAUGAUGAUGAUGAUGAUGAUGAUGAUGAUGAUGAUGAUGAUGAUGAUGAUGAUGAUGAUGACGAUGAUGAUGAAGAUGAUGAUGAUGAUGAUCAUGAUCAUGAUCAUGAUGAUGAUGAUGACGAUGAUGAUGAUGAUGCCGAUGAUGAUGAUGAUGACGAGGAUGAUGAUGAUGAUGAUGAUGAUGAUGACGAUGUUGAUGAUGUUGAUUUUCAUGACGAUGAAUAA